GCAAGCAAUCCAACACGAAAACAAGCACCGUGUGCCGCUUGCUUUAACUUAUUGCACCAGUGUACACCUACUCAAAAAGUUCUUCGAGAAAGAGCAGACUGUGAAAGAGUUUCCCGCGUAUAGUAUCAUGUAUAUUAAAAAUAUAAACAAUCUCAUAUGUUAAAUUAUUCCCGGUAUUGAUAUAGAGUAAAAUGAAUAUAGUAAAUACCGUCCAGAAACGAGAAGAAGGAUUUGAAUCUAUACGUGAUUAUGAUAUUCCUUUGUAUCGUUUGACAUGCUGGUACAAUGAUCUACAUCAUGGAAUAGCAUCGAAUACACGCAGAUCUGAUACUGAUUCUGAGCCACCAGUGUUUGCAUGCCGUUUUUCUACCAAGCCAGGAUAUGAAGAAAUUUUGGGUUUGGCUAAUGAAGAGGGGCAAAUUGCUCUUCAAGAUACAACAAUCAAAGGACGAAAUAAUGUACCAUUAGAUGGAGUACAGGCACAUGCAAAUGCAAUCUUUGAUCUUGCUUGGAUGCCUGGGGAAUUGAAGCUAGUCACAGUAGCAGGAGAUCACACAGCACGCCUAUGGGACGUCAGUAUGUUUGGAAGAUCACAAACAAAAGAAUUGUGCUGCUACAGUUCUCAUACAAGAAGUGUAAAAACUGUAGCAUUUCGUUACCAGGAUAAAGCGGUUUUUGCAACGGGUGCCAGGGAUGGUGUGAUUAUGAUAUGGGAUAUUAGAGCUAAACACUUACAUCAGCCAAGACCAGAUAAUUGCAUUAUGUAUGGACAUCCUAAUGGUAGCACAUUUAAAAAGAGACGAAAGUUGCUGCAACCAUCACGAUCACAAAGCAUAACAGGUUUAAUAUUUCAGGAUGAUUUUACGUUAAUCUCGUGUGCUGCAGGUGAUGGCUUCAUUAAAAUAUGGGAUAUACGUAAGAACUACACGGUCCAUAAGAGAGAACCGAUUGCUAAGCAUCAAAUUAAAUAUGCUGGGAAUAGUUCCAGAAACGGUUUCUCUUCGUUGUCAUUAUGCCCAGGCAGGAUUACGUUAUUCGCAAGUUGCAUGGACCAUGUUAUAUAUGCUUAUAACUUAUCGUCAUAUAGUCAUGAACCUUUAGGAACGUACUAUGGCCAUCAAAAUCAUACGUAUUAUGUGAAGACUUGUUUGAGCGCUGACGGUCGCUACCUUGCCAGCGGAUCUAGCGACAAUCUUGCAUACAUUUGGCGUAUCAACAAACCGGGUAGACCGUUAAUCAAACUCUCCGGCCACAGGGAAGAAGUCACUUGUAUUUCCUGGUGCAGCGUGGGUGAUUUAAAGAUAGUGACUUGCUCAGAUGAUUCUUGCCAUAGAAUAUGGAGGGUUGGAUACGAACAUAAAGUAGAAAAUGAAGAAGUGGAAAUAUGCGGUCGGGCUCAACCCGUAACGGAAGAAAAUAUCUAUACGAAGAGAAUAGAAACUCCUUCAACUAAUACUCGAUAUUGUGACAGAACACCGAGCUCGAGUAAUAAUUCAUUUGCCAUUCCUGGGCCUAGCAAUGAACAUAACGCCAAUCGUCAUGAAGAAGAUCAGAAUACACCUAAAACAAAUACUAUGAAACGUAGCUACUCUCAAAUGAUGGUAAGAGCGAGAUCCGAGGGAAAAUCAAAAUUUGUUUUAUCUCCUAUCGGUGAGAACAGCGAAGUGAUUGCAAAACAAAUGCGCAUAGAACACCGCGGUGCCCGAAGAUUAUUAUUCGGUACAGGCACCGAGGACAUUCCUAGUUCAAGCAAGAAUUAUGAUUCGGACGAGUCUCACGCAAGUGAGUCUACAUCCGCGAACGAUAGAAAUACAGAGAUCCUUCCCUCGCCUACGGUGAACUUGCCGAACUUUGUAAUGGAUGGGACAGCGCCACACUUGUCUCAGAUGUCACCGCAAAAGCAGAAAGAGAACGUCGAUUGGUUAACGAAAAUUAGAAAAGAGAAGUACGAACAGAAGAUCGGUAAAUUCACUCUUGGAAGAUCGUCCAGUCCUAAGAGCCAAGCAACACCCGCUCGAAGGAUCGUGAGGUCGCGAUCACAUGAUCCUCAAAAAGAAUCAAAAGCGACAAAUAAUUCGGUGUUCUCUCUAUUAGAUUUUUUCAAAGCUCUUAAUAGCGACUGCGGAAAAAAUCCUUCCACCGAAGAUAGUAGUGAUAUACCUUCCACAAGUGACAAUAAAAGUAGACACUGAAUUGCGAUAAAUGUUUGCAGAUCGAUUCGGAGAUACUGAGAUGGUUUGUACAUAAAACUUGUUCACUUCA